AUGGAUCAUAUCCUAUCCGAAGAUGACUUGGAGGAAUAUGAGGCUAUCAUCCCUGCGAUACCAUGGCUAGGGUACGACCACAAACCCUCAGAGACAACACAUUCCUUCGACGACUAUGCUUUGCAACGUGGCUGGUCAGCGGAGAGAUUGACGGACCUCAAAGAAGGCAGAGUCACAGCGAUGCAACAGACAUCGUUGAAACCCUUUCUGCAGAGCUGGUUCAGUAUCGGUCUGUGGGAAGCAGCAUUGGGUAAAGGACUGGAGAAAGACAGCUUCAUCAAAUCUCGAAACUCCGAACUCAUGUUCAGCAGCGAGGCUCUGCAAUUGAUAGUCAAAAACCUUGUGGCGUAUUUCAGCAUCGCUGCAGAAGAUCACUCUGGCAAGGUCGAGAUCCUGAAGCGCCUCAUGCAUGUCCUCAAGGCGGCAAGCCUGUGGAACAGAAUGCUCAGCGAGACUCAACUCUUCAUCAAGCCGAACCCUGAUUUUUGCGACGACACCUUCCACGCUGUGAUGCGGAUAUUCACCUUGCUAGGCGUGACGCUACAGUACACGGCUGAGCAUCUGGCAAUGUGGGUGAGAGUCCCUUUCCGCUCCCAACUCCAGAAUCCAUGGAGGUUCACCGACGCAUGGGAACAGCGGCUCAAGGAACGCAUGGUUGAACGAGGCUGGUGUCCGUAUAUCCAGACCAUGCUGAGUCCAUUCAACGUGACUGUACAGGAGUAUGCCGCCAUCAUAGGUCCGCCGUGGACUCGCUUUCGCCAUGAUGCGUGUUCCGCCGCCAGCUGCGUCAGACACAAUAUCGACGAAAGUUCCUACCGGCCUCUCCACACGCGGCCAGACUGUCAGUGCGCCUGGGUCAGGCCUAGCCUCCAGCGGAUACGCGACAUUCUUGACAAUGGCCAAAUCCCCCUAAUGGACUUGAACAAGAUCUCCGAUGCUGAUCGCGGGAAACUUGUGGAAGUUGUACCGUUCGAGCCUGGUAAGACCAACUAUUGUGCCAUCUCACACGUGUGGUCUGGUGGCCUGGGAAGUACCUCAGAGGAAGGCCUUCCACAGUGCGCUGUCGACAUGCUCAGCGGCUAUAUGGAAGCCACUAAAGGAUCCAAGCUUGUCUGGAUUGACUCUCUCUGCAUACCACGCGACAGGAGACUGCGAAAGCUGUCCAUCCAUACCAUCAACAGAGUCUACAGUCAGGCGAACACGACGCUGGUGCUUGACCCGGAGCUGAUGCGCACCCCUUCACCCAGUACGCGUCGAAUGCUGGUGUGGAUCACAACAACGGCCUGGAUGCAGAGAAUGUGGACGCUUCCCGAAGGGGGGUUGUCUCGCCUUCCAUACAUUGCUUUCGAGGACGGUGCAGUCCCUCUGCAGCAGUGUCUCGCGGACGACUCGAGUGAUCUCCAUAACCCCGUCACUGGCGCCCUGGACCCACAUUUGUGGGGGUUGUUUUCCCAAGAGGUGAAUGGACUUCGAUAUAUACAUCAGUCUUUGUGUUAUCGCACAACCAGUAAGCGGGAAGAUGAAGUCCUAGCUCUCGCUGCCCUGUUUGACAUGGACACCCGACCCAUCUUGGAAAAGACUUCCAUGGAUGAACGAAUGGCCCUGUUUUGGAUGUUUCUCAAGGACAAGGUGCCCAUCCCGAUGAAUAUUAUUUUCUUGAACACCCCUAGACUCCCAAUUCCAGGUCUUCGCUGGGCACCGAGUAGCCUCCUCAACGCAGGCAGGCAGCUCGGCCUUAUAGCUGCGCCCAAGGGAAUUGACUCGUAUAAUGUACAGUUGGAUGAUGACGGCACUCUAACGGGGACAUAUGUCGUGAUACGCCUGAGGAAAAGAGCGGAGAUCUGGCUGGACAAGUUCAAUCCAAUCUGGCUGACCUUCGUUCCAGAUCGAGGUUCAACACAGCUUCGCAGCGCUCCAUUCACCAUUGAAACCGGAGGCGCGGACAGGGCAGGUGUACUUCAGGACAUUGACGCAUUUGCGGUCAACGUAACCAACAUUGACGCAACAACAUCGCAGUCUUUGGCCAACGAGCUAGUGGCCACUGUUAGGUCUGUCAUUGCGCUGACCUUGGACAUUCCGGAGUCACAGAAACCGACCGAUGGUCCGCGUGCUGGGGCUACAGCUUCCACUGAGACCGACGCCCACGCAGCGGCACAUCCAAACAGCCACUCGUUUAAAGCUCGCCGUCGGUUGCAGCUUGCACCUAUAGAAACGACAGGCAAUGAAUUGAUGUCCGGAACAGUCGGAUGGGCACGCAUCUCAAUAUCCUGA